UGUUGUUUGAUUUGAUUUGUCGCUGCAAUCAAUAUUAGCCCCAAUUGAAAAUUUAGCGUGGGUUUGAUCAGAAUUUAUGAACUAAUUUGAUUUCCCCCAAUUUGAUGAAGCCCUAGCAACUUCGAUUAUUAUUGAUUUUCAGCCAAUUUUGACUUUGUCAGUUGUAUGAAGCUGAUAAUAGCCUAUAUCUUUGCGACGAUUGCAAUCUGAAUGUGUUUUAUGCAUGCGAUCACUUGUAAGAAAUUUAAUGCUGUAAAAUUGCUUUAGCUUGUUUGGUGUGGGAACUGAAAUUCUGGAUAAAAGAACUCGAUUUUUUUGUGAUGCUGCUUAGAUUAACUAAGAAAUUAAACCUAAUGCUGUUUGUUUCAUCCUGUUCAUUUUAUGUGUCUUUGCACUCUGUAUGUGUUUGUGCUUGUAAUCAUUCUUCUGGAAAAUGCAUAGUAAAAAAUGUGUUUUUUUGUGCAUGAUUUGGGUUAUUGAUGACCUUAGUUUUCUUGAAGAGCUUGCUUUUUGGAAAUUUUGGGGUGUCCUUUCUCUCUCAGGAGCCCCUUGUUGUUUUGGGGUGUCAUUUUCACAAUCAAGUGAUCUUGCAGCUCCGACUGCUCCGUUAACUGUUUUUACUGUGUAUCUCUUCUAUACAGGUGCUGAAGAGUUAGUUUAUGAAUUUAUGUAUAUGUAUUAUUUAAUAAGAAAAGAAAUGAGACUUCUUAGCAAACAAAUUAACUAUCAGUUUAUCUGUACUUUUGAAUGUUUAUAUGAUGAUCUAUGUUUGAUUGGUAAUGCCUUCAAGCUUGCACAUUCUUUUAAGUAUUUUCAGAAUCUUCAUCCACUCGCUUCUCUUACUCAUCCUUUUUCUCACACUAUUGGGAUUUGCUUUACAGACACACCAUACAGGGCAGAUCUCAGGCCAGAUACCCAACCAAGCUGGUACUAUGUUGCCUGGGCUACCACAGCAAAAUGGGAACCUUAUGCUCAGCCAAAUGCAGAAUUCUAAUUUUCAUAGAAAUGUUCCCAAUAUGGAUCCAGAAACUAUUAAAAGACGCAAAUACAUGCAAGAAAAAAUCUGGAAUUUUCUAAUGCAGCGGCGACAGCAAUCUCCUGAGGUUCCCAACAGGAGAAUGGUUGAUUUAGUGAAACGUCUAGAAGAUGGUUUAUUCAGAAAUGCCAUGACAAUGGAGGAGUACCUAAACCUGGACACUUUGGAAAGGCGUUUGCUUAUUCUGAUUAAGCGCUUCCCUACAAGUAAUCGCAAUCAGCAAUUGUCACAAGCCAAUUCUUCCCCUUCCGUCGGUACAAUGAUACCCACACCCGGGUUUCAACAAACUGGGAACUCAAGCUUCGCUGGAACUUCAUUAGUGGAUAAUUCUUUUGUGAACAGUAGUUCCAACUCAAUUGCAUCGUCCACCGUUAAUCCGGGAAGCUUUUUUCCAACUCAAAAUGGGUCUUCUGGAAUUGUGCAUGGAGCUUUGACUGGUGGAUAUCAGCAGUCAUCUAAUGCUUUCAUGGUCAAUCAUGGGGGAAAUAACAUGAUGAUGUCCAUGGGUGCGCAAAGAAUGACAAGUCAAAUGAUCCCAACUACUGGAAUUAAUAACUCCAAUUCUAAUAAUAUGAUUGCUAACACUAGCAAUAACAAGUCAUUGAAAAUUGAAUCAUCAGAUGUUGGAGCACAUUCUGAUGUUGACUCUACAACUGCAUCACAGCCUACUUUGCAAAAGCAGCAUGUUGGUAGUCAAAAUUCUCGUGUUUUACACAAUAUUGGGGGGCAAAUGGGUAGUGGAGGCAGUUCUAUGUUGCAGCAGAAAAACUUUGGAAUAACUCAUGGGCCCCUAAGUGGAGGGUUUGGAAUGAUGGGAAAGAAUAUGCCUGUCAUGAAUAGCCCUGGAACCACUGAGGGACAUUUAUCUGGAACUAUACGUGGAAAUUCCACCAAGCCCUUGUCUCAGCAUCUUGACCAGCUUCAACAAAGACCAGUAACACAAGGUGAUGCCUACGGAAUUGGUGCUACUGGGUCUGGAAACAUGUACAUUCCUGCAACAACUGUUGGGUCCACGAUCAGCAACCCGAGCUUGAAUUCCAUAUCCAUGCAAUCAAUGCACACGGCAGAUUCUCAUUUGAUGACCAAUAACCAGUCAAAUGUAUGUUCUUCUCAACAGGCAACUGUGGAUCCUCACUCAAUAGAUCAAUCACAAAAGGUGAAUUUUCAAUCUCAGUACCCAGUGAAAGAAAAUCUUGUGCAACCUCACCAACAGCAGCUGCUUCAACAGCCAUCCCAGCAGUUUCAGCAGCAAAAACCUUCUCAGAAUCAAUUGCAACAAAAAAGGCAAAUGCCGAACCAGUAUUUGAUGAGAAAUGAUUCUUUCGGUCAGUCCCAUCUAUCGCCCAGUAUAAUAUUUGAGGUGAAGCAGGAGAUUGGAACAGAGCAUUAUAAUGAAGAUAUACAGUCAAAAGUCACCCACUCCUUCCAUUCUGAUAUGCAGAACCAGUUCCAGUCAAAUUCUGUAGACAGCCAUCCAGGAGCUGCUCAGCCUUUUUCUCAUUCAUCUGUGCCGCAUGAUGCCCCAUCCUUGCAUCCGCUGCAAUUUGUGUGUAAAACUAGUGAUUUUACUAGUCCUUGUGGUGGUGUUCAACCAGAUGCAGCUUUGGGCAGUCAGCGGUAUUCUAAGCCUCCAGAUGUGGAUGCAUCAGGAAGACUCCCAAUUGAUCAGACUAUUCAAAAUGAAAAAUAUCAGAGAGUAAUGAGGCAAGAUGGAGCUCAACUAAAUAAUUUAUCCUCAGAAGAAUCUGUUAUUGACCACUCUGUAAAUUCUAGAUCAACAGAACCGGUGAACACAAGUGACCCAGCAUCUCAAACUUAUAGCGUUAUUCGCGAAAAACAGUUCAAGAACCAACAGAGGUGGCUGUUGUUUUUGCGGCAUGCUCGUCGAUGUCAUUUCCUAGAAGGUAAAUGCCCAGAGCCUAACUGCUUAACUGCUCAGAAGCUGUUGAAGCAUAUUGGAAGUUGCAACAAUUUCGAUUGUUCAUACCCUCGUUGCCGUGUUACAUGGGAUUUAGUCAAUCAUCAUAGGCGCUGUCAGGAUACAAAUUGCCCUGUAUGUAUCCCUGUUAAGAAUUUUAUGCAGACUCACUUCAAGGCAUUUGCUCGUUCUAAUUUGAGGUCUGGGUUGCCUACGGUAGUCAAUGAAUCUUCAAAUGCCCAUGAUAUUGCUGGAACUUUGGGAAGGUCUACUCCAAAGAUGGACCCAGUGAUGGCUGAAACUCCUGAAGAUCUACAACCUCCUAUUAAACGCGUGAAAGUCGAGCAAAGCUUGCAGUCUCUUGUCACUGUAAGUGAUGGUCAUAUCCAUGAUGUACAGCAUAGUGAAAAGGAUCACGAUUACCAUAUUCCAGUAAAACCUGAAAUUAGUGAUCUGAAAGUAGUGGAGAAAGCUCCUGUAAACGUUGCACAGGAAUGUCCCAAUAUUGGGAUAACAAAGGAUAACGUGGAUGAUGCCUACAUACAAACUCUGAAAGGUGAUGGUGCCACACUUAGAGAUUCUGUUGGAUGUGGUGCUCAGCAGCCCAUGAAGACAGAAAAGGAUACAAUGCAAGCUAAGCUGGAAAACACUUCAUUACCUCCUGAGGGUUCAUCCAAGUCCGGGAAGCCAAAAAUAAAGGGAGUAUCAAUGAUUGAAUUAUUCACCCCUGAAAUGGUCCGCCAACAUAUUAUGGGUCUCCGGCAGUGGGUAGGACAGAGCAAAGCAAAGGCAGAAAGAAAUCAGGCAAUGGAGCAUUCAAUGAGUGAAAAUUCUUGUCAGCUCUGUGCAGUUGAGAGGCUUAGCUUUGAACCUCCUCCUGUGUAUUGUACUCUCUGUAGUAUUCGCAUUAAAAGAAAUGGAAUGUAUUACUCCUUCGGGUCUGGGGAAACCCGUUAUUGCUUCUGCAAUCACUGCUAUAACAGUUCACAUGGAGACACCAUUGCAGUAGAUGGCACGACUAUUCCAAAGGGAAGGGUGGAGAAAAAGAAAAAUGACGAGGAAACUGAAGAAUGGUGGGUUCAAUGUGACAAGUGUGAAGCUUGGCAGCAUCAAAUCUGCGCAUUGUUUAAUGGUAGAAGGAAUAAUGGUGGAGAAGCGGAGUAUACUUGUCCAAAUUGUUAUAUGGCAGAAGUUGAAAUGGGAGAACGUGCACCAUUGCCACAGAGUGCUGUUCUCGGUGCAAAAGAUUUGCCUAGAUCACAGCUAAGCGAUCACUUGGAGCAGCGUUUAAUUGUAGAAUUGAAGCGAGAGAGGCUGGACAGAGCUAGGCAUCAAGGCAAAAGUUAUGAUGAGGUCCCAGGAGCAGAAGAGCUUGUUGUAAGAGUGGUAUCAUCAGUGGACAAAAAGUUGGAUGUCAAGCCUCGCUUCCUGGAGAUUUUUCAAGAGGAAAACUAUCCAACAGAGUAUCCUUAUAAAUCUAAGGCGGUACUGUUAUUUCAGAGAAUUGAGGGAGUUGAAGUAUGCUUGUUUGGCAUGUAUGUUCAAGAAUUUGGAUCUGAAUGCCAGCAGCCCAACAAUCGAAGAGUCUACAUCUCUUACCUGGACUCUGUUAAGUAUUUUAGACCAGAAGUCAAAACAGUCUCAGGAGAGGCUCUAAGGACAUUUGUGUACCAUGAAAUUUUGAUUGGAUAUCUGGACUACUGCAAAAUGCGUGGUUUUACAAGCUGCUACAUCUGGGCAUGCCCUCCCCUGAAGGGUGAGGACUACAUUUUGUAUUGUCACCCAGAAAUUCAAAAGACGCCCAAAUCUGAUAAACUUCGAGAGUGGUACUUGGCCAUGCUACGAAAAGCCACAAGGGAAAACAUUGUCGUGGAGCUUACUAAUAUGUAUGAACAUUUCUUUGUUUCAACUGGUGAAUGUAAAGCAAAGGUAACUGCAUCUCGGUUGCCAUACUUUGAUGGAGAUUAUUGGCCUGGUGCUGCGGAGGACUUCAUCUAUCAAUUUCAACAAGAAGAAGAUGGGAGAAAACAUUCUAAGAAGGGAGCUUUGAAAAAGAGCAUCACAAAAAGAGCUUUAAGGGCAUCUGGACAAACUGAUCUUUCUAGCAAUGCAUUAAAGGAUCUGAUGUUAAUGCAUAAGCUUGGUGACUCCAUAACUCAAUGUAAGGAGGAUUUCAUCAUGGUUCACUUACAGCAUUCAUGUUCUCAUUGCUGCAUCCUAAUCUUUUCUGGAAAGCGGUGGGUCUGCAAGCAGUGCAAAAAGUUUCAUCUUUGUGACAAGUGCUAUGAUGCUGAGCGGAAACGUGAUGAUAGGGAGAGGCAUCCUGUAAACUACAAGGAUGUCCACGCACUUUAUCCUGUUGACGUUGCUGAAGUCCCCGAUGAUACUAAAGAUAAUGAGAAUCUUGAAAGUGAGUUUUUUGACACAAGGCAAGCAUUUCUCAGUCUUUGUCAAGGAAACUAUUAUCAGUAUGAUACUCUUCGCCGAGCUAAGCAUUCUUCUAUGAUGGUCUUGUAUCAUCUGCACAAUCCGACUGCCCCUGCUUUUGUCAUAACAUGCACAAAAUGCAACCUUGAUAUUGAGAGUGGGCAAGGUUGGCGCUGUGAGACAUGCCCCGAAUAUGAUAUAUGCAAUGCUUGCUAUCAGAAGGAUGGAGGAAAGGAUCAUCCUCAUAAAUUAACUAAAAAUCAGUCCAUCGACCCCAAUGCACAAAACAAAGAAGCCAAGCAAUUACGACUCUCACAGGUGAGGAAAAUGCUCGAUCUCCUGGUGCACGCUUCUCAGUGCCGGUCAACCCUUUGCCGGUAUCCAAACUGUCGCAAGGUCAAGGGACUUUUCCGGCAUGGCAUCCUGUGCAAAAGGCGCGCGGCAGGCGGCUGUCAUAUGUGUACUAAAAUGUGGCAGCUUCUCCAGCUUCACGCCCGAGCAUGCAAAGAAUCUGACUGCAAUGUACCACGUUGCAGGGACUUGAGGGAACACCUGAGAAGGCUGCAGCACCAAGCAGAUUCACGACGAAGGGCUGCUGUAAUGGAAAUGAUGAGGCAACGUGCAGCAGAGGUCGCAGGCAGUUCUUGAUCACCCAAGCUGUAUAUAGCAAUAGCGAGCCAGAAAAUUCGCGAAACUAAAUCUCUUUUUUUCGUCUCUGCUGCAAAGGAAACCCACAGGAGUUCAGGUUCACCUGUCAACGAUAUUUUUCAUUCAUACGUCGUCGUAUGAUCUAGUUUCUAGUAUAAUUUAGAUGGGAAAAAGGGUGUACAGAAAUCAGUCAUGAUUCUUUGUAUUUUGUUUACUUAGCAUUUCUCCCCUGUCAUCAUUCGAUGGCCGAGUGUAUCAUAACUUUUACUUGCUUAGUUUUAAUGGAGAAGCACAUUUUUCC